AAUCGGCAGCAGCUUCGAGAAGUAAUAAUCGACAGUAUGAGUUAGUGAACUUUAUACCACAACACCCAUUCGCCAUUAAAGAGCCGAGAAGAGAGAGAGACAGAGAAAUCCUUCGAAAUUUUGUGAAAAUGAAAAAACAGAAAAUUGAAGACGAUUUGAAGCCAAAGCGGGGUGCCAUAGACUUGUAUGCUGCUCAGUGUGCUAAAUGCCAAAAAUGGAGGUCAAUCGCUACAAAGGAAGAGUACGAGGAACUGCGAAGUACGUUCACAGACGACCCGUUUACCUGUGACAGAACACCAGAUUUAACAUGUGAUGACCCGACAGACCUUGAAUGUGAUGCAAGCAGGACUUGGGUAAUUGACAAGCCAAAUCUUCCAUUGACUCCAGCAGGAUUCAAAAGGGAACUCAUACUAAGGGCAGAUUACUCUAAGUUGGAUGCACAUUAUUUGACACCAACUGGGAAAAAAGUGAGAUGUCAGGGAGAAUUAGUAGCAUUCAUGGAGAAGCAUCCAGAAUACCAACACUUAAAGCUGGAUGACUUCAACUUUACUGUUCCAAAGGUAUUGGAAGAUACAGUCCCUUUAGAGGUGAGAAAGAAACGUGCUGAGAAAUCUGCAGCUAAAAAGGAGGAAUCUGAUGGUAAGAAGAAGAUGUCAAUCAAUUCUUAGACUAAGUUGGCAACAUUGCUAAUGCUCUUUUGCUAUCCUGUUUAUCCAUUACUCGAAAACAAACAAUUGUAAUCACAGAAGUUUAGGUAUCUAGGAAUCGUAGGACUUGAACGUUUGUGAUGUGGGUGGAUGGCUUCCUUUUGUGUGAUUCUGGCCAGAGUGGUAUGUAAAUGUAGAUCAUAACUUUCUAGUUUCCGUGCAUGCUUAUUGGAUGUCUCAUUAGCUAUCACCUUUCCUCACACAUUCGAAAUCUGGAAAUACAUGGUUGUUGCCGUGA